AACACAUGGACGACGACUAGAUUGAGAUCGGGAAGAAAACAUACGUUUUUGGUGAUGUCAUCACAUAAAUCAGUGAUGCAUGACCACGACGGGUAUUCUCAUGAUCCAUUGUGGACAAUAUGAGUGCAAGAACUCGGAUAAGGCAUUGGACAAGUCGUAAAAUAGACGAUAAUUUACUCAGACAAGUUGCACCCUCACCGAAGCCAUCGACAUCUGACGAGACAGCAGCGCACGUUGGAUGUGGCACCUCUUUAGAUCAAGAUGUUGGGAUAGAUUGUGAUUGUAGCACAGCUAAAGUCACAACGUCUACAAAUGAAAACAAAGACAUAUUGUACAAUUCCUCUGAUGUCAAAAUAGAAGUAGACUCUAACGAGCUGGCAGAUCAGCAGGGAUUGUGUAACGACCUGAGUGUAAACAAGUGUAAAUUUUGUGAGCAAUUUUUCAAAUGCUAUAUUGAUUUGAUAAAGCAUUUAAAAGACUACCACGUUAAUGAACCUGCCAUGGAUUCCGACGCAAAGAAAUCUAGUACCUCUGCUGCUGACGGCAAGCUUGUCAGAUCUUACAAACACAAAACAGGAAUGUUUGAAUGUGAGUUCUGUGAGAGGGUUUACAAGUACGGUUAUGAUUUGAAUAGACAUGUGAAAGAUGCCCACUUAAAAAAACUGAAGCGUUGCAGAGAGAACAAGAAACUGAAUGAAAAGAUCAAAGCCUAUGUGAAAAAAUACCUUCCUUUCAAAUGCAAAACUUGUGGCUACGUCUAUGUUUCACAGAAGGGUUUGACGCAUCAUAUGAGACAGGUUCAUUCCAGCGAAGCAGCAGCUAAAGCAAAAUGUGUCAAAGAGAUCGGUGACCGCAGCAAGAAGCUGCUUUCUUUGAUAAGCAAUAUCAAAUCAAAGACUGGGUCGAAUUCUACUAAAGAAGCUUCGGAACCAAAUUCAUCGACCAAGUCUCCAGCAUUAAAAAGAAACAAAGUGAUGUCCCCGAAAGGCCCAUCCAAGGAAAAGGCAUCAAUAAAGAAAAAAACUGUUCAACCGAAAGUCCCCUCGAAUGGGACACUGUUACAUCCCAAAGUAGGCUUAUCUUCACCAUCUCGUGAGAAAUCUCCUCUCAAGAAAGCAAGCACAAAGUUUCCUGACAAAAGAAUGCACCCAAUUGAGGAAAUACAUGAAAAAAGUGAGAAGAAAUUGAGAUGUAAAUUAUGUCAGAAAAUCUAUGGUACACGCCCAGGACUCAUGUACCAUCUGAAGGUAACUCACCUUUACUGCAUCGUAUGUUACAAGCAGUUCUGUUAUCAGAAGAUCUACGACAAACACAUGGAGAUCAAGCACAAUCAGCGCCAUGUUGUCGUCGACGACAAUUAUUUUUCUGAUUUGUCAAAAGCAAGUGAGACUGCAAGUGGUUCAGCACCGGAAAGUACCAAGGUAAAGCCGGACUCUCCGGAUGUAAAACCUCAGAUUAUGAAAUCAAAAGACUGUACUGAGAAAAUGUCAGCUUCCAGCCAAAAUUCCGCCACCAAGCUAGCUGUAUCAUUCAUAUCAUGUCAGUCAAGCUCUUUGAGCACUAACAACACUGUAAAAAUUCCAGAGGGCACUGUUCUCAGUCCAGUCAAAAUCAAACUAAAUAGACUGCCUUCAGACCCUGCAGCUCUCCAAAAUUUUACACAGAAGCAUGCUGUAGUAUCAACUGAGGAACCUGAAAAGCAUGACUUGGAAUCAUUUACCAAAAACGGUUUGGACAAUAAAAAGUCCAAUUAUACGAACAGUGUGGUUUCCACAGGGUCGAAAGACAUAACUCUUACUACCCAACUUUGUCAAGACACACAAAAAACGGACAUUGUCUGUGAAAAACGAACGACUCGAUCCAAACUGGGGCCAAAAUCGAAACGAAAGUCGACGAGAAUAAGCUAUGGAUUUAAUGCCACAGAACCGAAAUCACAACCAGUAACAGUGUCGGAUAAACGGAAGGUUGUGAAGUUACCAAAUGAGACAGACAAUUGUGACAAAGAACUCUCUGUGAAGAAGGAGGACGCAUCAGUUAACGAUGUACAAAAUGUCAGAAAGACACGGAGUAGAUUACGGAAAGCAGACCAUUCCAAAGACACUACACCGGAAUCCGUGGAUGAUGGGCAACUCAAGCUCAUGGAGGUGGACAGUUUAAGCGGAGGAGAUCUAGAGCCAUCAAUAGAAUGUUCAAUACUUUCUUCUUGUACAGAAGAUGUUACUGACCAGUCAAAUAAGAAUUCAGACACGACUACAGUAAAGUCUUCUCUGAAAUCCCAGACUUCUACUGAGCGUAUAACAAGAAGUUCUUCACAGCCAGAUACAAAGGAAAAUACUCAUUCAGAUGGGAUCAUAACUAAGUGUCAUUCGCAGCCAGAGAGGAAAAAUUCCACUGAGCUUUCAGCUGGUUCUUCAUCGCCUGCAGCAAGAGGUAUUCCUUUUGUUGAACUGGUUGAAGCUACUGAUAUUGACCCUGUUACGCAGUCAACUAAGAGUUCUUCUCGACGACCUGCUAGGAAAGAUAGGUCUUCAUCUGAACCUUCAAAUUCUUCACGUUUAUCCAGGAAAUUGGCAAAGUCAUCAGAUUUAACUAGUUCAUCACAACUCGUUCACUCAUCCAGGAGUCCUUCUUCUCAACUAACUAGGAAAAAGACAACUUCAUCUGAAUUUACACCAUAUGCUCACUCAACCAAGAGUGCAUCUGUACCUACAACCAAGAAAUACAUGCCUUCAUCUGAACCUUUACAGUCAUCCAGGAAAUUAACAAAUUCAUCCAAACCUUUGACCUGUUCAUCACAGUCUGGCUUGAAGGAUAACACAUCCAACAUUCCUUCAAAUAUUAGUUCCAUUUCUACAAAAAAUUAUCAACUUCUUGCUGAUCCAACACUGACAUCACCUGAACUGGCAUCAGAGGAGAAUACAGGUUCAGAGGCAGAAGAUACUAGUCAUAGAAUAGAGCAAACAAUAUUUGCAGAAAAAAUGUCUUCCAGCAGAGAAACAACAAGAGAAAGGCAGGAAAUCGAAACACCUAUCAAACACACAACAUUACAUUCAAGAAGUAAGGCUGAUCGUAUGAGCCAUGACCAUGAUAUUCGAGAACUUAUGUUUGGGAAGUCCUGUAGUGCCCGUGACCUUCAUGUAGACGAUCAACGUUCACCUGAACAUCACGAUGACUUGAAAUGGAAAAUUGUGCAUGAAGAAAAAUCUUAUGAUUUGAACAAAUUAACUCUGAAAAUAACCAGAGAUGUGAAAACAGAUGUAAGGAGUGUGAGGACACAGGAAAGAUUCUUAUGUAAUUUAACAGGAUUGAAAUUGAAAAUUGUUCGUGAUUUCUCUCAGCAGAGAAGGACCGUUCUGUCAGAUGAUGAUCGGAAGUGUCAAGGAGAAUCCAGUACUGGCCUGUCAGACACACCACAAGCUAUACAUGUGAUUUCUUCAACGGAUGGACUGUCAUCUGACUUAGAGAAGGCUACAUCAGGCAUUCAGCAUGACACGCUUAGUGCCCUUGGUGACAAUUUUUCCUCUGUUACUAGUGACAGUGAUGACUUAACAUCUCCAAGAAAGAGUGACAUGAAAGAUAGAAAUCAUGUGACGUGUCCAGAAAAAUUGACACCCAGUGACUCUGAGGUUCGGAACUCUCCAAGACUAACUCGUUCUGGUAACAAAAGUGAUGGAAAAGCAACGCAACUAACAUGUUCUGAUGACACAGCUGUUUACAAAUCACCCAGGUCGACAGAUUCUGUUGAUCAGGAUGACAUACAUUCUCGGAAAAGAACAAUCAGUUUCGAUUUUGAAAGGAAUUUGGCAAGAAACUCUAAAGUAGACAGCAGAGAGACGAGUUCUGGUGAUGCGAGUUCUCAUAAGAGAAGACUCAGUGACAAUGAUGAUAUAAAACUUGUGAGAAACACUGGAGAUGUUUCUACAGGAAGUGACCUAGCAACAGUUACCAAUUUGGUGAGAUCCUCUGGCAAUAACAUUAAAAAAAAAACUCCUUGCGAGACGAUUGUAGGACCAGCAGGAGAUCGUGCCAAGACAUCUGCCAGCAAUCUGUCUAUGAGGGAGAGGACAAACCAAGGUCAUGUAGAGGAAGAAGUGGAUGUGGUAGGUGUACAGAUGAAAGCGUCAGAUUCUGAACACAAGGAAGAUUUGCAGAAAGCCAACCUUAAAGAAACACAUGGUAGUGAUGACGAUUCUCAGGACAUUUCCAUGCAUCAAGAUGCUAGACUCAAAGUGUUGGAGAAAUCGCCAGGGAAGAAAAUGGAGAUAGACAUUGAGCACCAUGACACUGACAAUAUUCUAACAUUGUGCUCGCAGUCUUUCGGCAGUCUUCUUAAGCAUGUCGAGGAACGGGGUGUAGCAAAGGUGCUAGUGGAAAAGUUACCGGAUACAGUGACUUUAAAGGAAGCAUUGCCAAACAGUUCGCUCAAGAAAAGAGGUAUGUCAAAACGGAACAAACCCGCUCCUGCAUGCGUGAAGAAGCAGCGUCUGGUUCACCGAGAGCCGUGGGAAAAAACACCAAGUGGAUCAUGCAAUGGGGUAAUGGAGGAAUCUGAAAAACAUCCUGAAAGUGAAGACAUUAUUGUUCCCAGUCAAACACCGUCUGACACCACUAUUGAUGAGAUAGACGGAGAAUGCAUCCCAUCACCCGAUGUGAAGGUAGGUUAUGAUGUGCUGUCAGACAAUAUGACAGAUACCCGUGAGAAACAGAGUGAUGGUAGUGGUGCCAAAGUUCUUACGGGAGACACGAUCGGCCAACAGCUUUUGAAGGAUUUCGAUGAAAGUGAUCUGGAUCUUCUUUUGAAGGAUGGUUCAUGUCACGACUUAUUCUCCGAUAAAAACGGAGAGGUGACUUUGUCAGAUGAUGGUUUGUAUGCAUCCGUGAACACACCACUGGGUGAUGCGAACAACAACCAUUUCAAAGGGAAAGUCAUAAAAGAAAUUAUGGAAAUUAUUCAGUUUGUGGAGAAAAUGGAGAACUGUGAAAUCGUGAAGUCCCCUAACAGAACGGGAGAGACUGGUUCCAUGCUCAUUGCAAAAGAAUCAAAAGAUGAGCAGGCCAAGAGUGUUUGUUCUUUUGGACAGUUGGACCAUGUUGAAAAGAUACCAAAAGUGACCAAUGCACAAGUAAUGACGGAAUCUUCACUCGCUGGUGGACACGUGCAACAAGGCAACAAUGGAACCGACACUGCAUUUAGAAAUAUAAACAUCACCAAAAAAAGUGUUUGUCAUGUUGGCAAGAACGAAAGGAGGAAUCCAAGUGAAGAAAACAUCACCAUUUCUGAAAAAGAAAAAAGUGUGACUCCUGCGGAAAGUGUUGCUUUGAAUAGAAGUUCUAGUGACGGUAGUAGUCUAGGAAAGAGAUCGUUGGAGAACAGACUCCUUAAGAAGGAUCUCUCAUUGAAAGCUGGGGGUAAAACAUGGCCACCAAAGUGUAGGGUGUGUGGUAACUCCUUUUCUUCAGAGAAGAAUUUAGGACGACACAAUGCUAGAUUUCAUCCGGAGGAUUUCAGAAAACAGCGAAGGUACUCAAUUGUUUGCAAAUUGUGCGGUAUGAUAUAUGCAAACAAACAAAACCUUAAGAAGCAUGUUGCCAGUAAACAUUCAGAGACCGAAGCAAGUUCAGACGACGCUUUCAAACUUAUAUGUAAGGAAAUAGAAAUUGAUCCGGAUCCAUCUUCAAGUCAAAAUUCCAAGGAGAAGCUGAAGGAGAGGUACGACAUGAAUAUCCAGUACCGAUGUUUAUUGUGUGACAUCACUUACAAGAAUAUGAGUAGUGUUAUUUGUCAUAUCGAGUCCAGUCAUAAAAGAAGGGAUAAACCAGUAAGGAACUGUUAUAGAGUGGAAAACUUGUGUGACGGUGACAGCGAGUCAAAAGCACAGGAAGCUGGUCAUAGUUCCGUAGGAAGCUCAGGAGAACACUUGUGUGGCGGUGACAGCGAGUCACAAGCACAGGAAGCUGGUCAUAGUUCCGUAGGAAGCUCAGGAGAACACUUGUGUGGCGGUGACGGCGAGUCACAAGCACAGGAAGCUGGUCAUAGUUCCAUAAAAAGCUCAGGAGAACGCUUGAAGCAUCAGUCUUGUAAUAGCGACCCAAAGAUGGAUGAGUCUGAGGCAGCCGUGCACAACCUGUUGGAAAGCUUUGGAGGGGACGCUUCAUUUGACACCCAUAAGUCUCCGAUACAGGAUUCAGAUGUCAUGAACUCUCUCAAUAAACAACAAGGAGGUGCUGGGCAGCACUGUCAAGGAGCCCAGCUAGAAAACAAUGCUUUUGAGGAGGAAGGACAGGAUCAUCAUGGAAGUCAAGCUGAAGAUUGUCAUGGAGAUCAGCAAGAUCACAAACACUCUGAGAAAAUAUUACAUGAACGUGUGGGAGAUAAAAAGCUACAGCAUCAGGGAGAGGAAGAGUCAAAAUGUGAUGGAGAGAAAGAACCGGAGAGUCGUGGGGAAGGAAAACCGGAACGACAAAGGAAUCAAAACGAGGAAGCUGCAUGUGAAGAAGGAGGGAAAGAUCUGGUGACAGAGCCAUUAUCUGAUCCGAAUUUAGAUGUUGAAUCGUCUUCGUCUGAAACUAUAUUGCCCGAGUCAACUGUUCAAUGUCCUCCUGUCCAGGAAGCAAGUGGUUGUACGAAAGAGGAGAUACACCUUGUGCAGAAUAGUGCUGACAUGCAGCAAGAUCAACAGCCUUCUCGCUAUGUGUGUAAAAGUGAUGACAAGAUUUGCAGAGAAGUUGCUGAUCAAACUGGAUUUCGUAUUCAUCGAAAUUGUACAGUCAAACUUGUCAGGUUUCCCCAACCUUCCUGUGAGAUGACAAUGGGAGAUUUCCUUCUGAAGUCUAAAGAUUCUGGGAAAGCUGUCGUUGGGAAAAUAAGCACUAUUAGUAGGAACUCAGCACCAAACAAUUUGAACCUUCCUGAAGAUGUGGAUACAAGACCUCUGGAAGACCGUAAGGAAGACGAAGUUGAAAGCAGGACACAAAUUCAUACAGUAAAAGAGACAGAAAACCCGGCCAAGUCAGCGUUAACUGAGGAUCAGCCUAGUAGAAAGUUUGUAUGUGAAUUGUGCGGAUUGACUUAUGUCGCCAAAAAGGGUUUAAAAAGACACAUCUCCAACAAACAUUCAGAGACCAUAACAAAAUCAGGAGAAACUUGUAAAGUGAGAUGUGAAGAGGAAAUUGAUUCCAACCUAGGUACAGGACAUUUCACACAAAUUCAAACCAUCGCGGAGACAACAAGCAGAAAAACAGGUAAAAACCCUGACAUCUCUUCUGUUGUACACGAAGGUCAAGCCGAAUCAAAGAAAUCAAUAUUGGGCAGUACAGAUGGCUCCAUGAGUGAAAACACAAGUGCAAAAGGAGAACUAGUCCUCGAAUCUGACAGUCAACCAGAUACUCCUAGAGACAAAUCAGACAGUCACUCAGAUGUCCUAAAAAACAAAUUUGGUGACCACCAAGAAGUCAUGAAAGAGAAGUCAAAGACCUUACCAGUGCUGGAAUCAACUCUAACCAAACAAUCAGUUCUCGAAGAAUCGGUAGAAUGUCAACCAAGUCAAAGAAAAAGACCAAAAGUUCCUAAAACUAAGAAAGAUAAGGAGAAAUCUAAAUCCAAGCUGAUCAAAGUAACACCAAGUGGUACUCCCACAAGUUCAGCAGCAUCAAGUGGUACAAGUUCAGCCAUCACAGCCUUUGAAAUGGCCAUUAGUACUCCAGCAUAUUCACAGCACAAGUUAAAGAAAAGGAAGUUAGACCGGCAGACAUCCUCUGAAGGACCUCCGUCCAAACAACCGAGUUCUGCCAAGUCCAAGGCCAGGUUGGAUGAGAAACCUCCUGGUGAUCCAGAGGAAACAGUUUCUACUGGUACAGACGAGAGAUAUCCUAGCCAUACAGUGGAGAUAUUUCCCAGCAAUAUGGAGAGAAUGCAUGAUAGCAAUGUCGGUGAUGGCCAUGCGAUGCUGUGGCAGAAAGAUGCUGAGUUCCAAAGUGGCCCUGAAACAACAUCACCAAGGAAAACUGAAAGCCCAAAGAAAUCCAACAAAAAAAGUAUUGAUAAGAUCGUGCAGGGUAUCAUUCAACGACAAAAGGAUAUUGAAAAUAAGAAAACUAAGGAAAAAUUGGACCCACCAGAAGUUGAUUUUCCCGUGCCAUUUGAGGAGAUUUUAGCUCAGAGCAAAAACAAAGCAGCAAAACUUGCUGAGUUGACGGAGUCUACAGCACCUUUUAAUGAUGACAAUUCAAAUUCAUCGGGGUCUGUAAAGAGUGGGAAGUUACUGACAAAACCUGUUGACAUAUUUUCUUCGUUACAAAUAGGUCCAACUGUUAAAUUCGGAAAAAGUUUCCGUAGGGCUUCGUCUAGAACGACUGCUUCGUCAGCAGGUGGAGAACCUCAGCAGAGUUUCAGAUCGCCCCUAGACAGAGUCGGAGUUGAGAUGCCAAUGAAGUUUGGCGCAUCACAGGAAAGCAAGAAGGUUGGUGAGGCCAGUUCUAAACCUAAACAACAGAGCAACAAAAACUAUUUAAUAGAUAUAUUGAAGGAUAUACCCUCUAUAUACGACUACAGUAAUGAUGUAGGACCGUACGUUUCUCCAUGGGACAACCCGUCGGUGAGUAAAGCUGGGAAGUCGGUCAUUGGUGGAAACAAACCUCCAAUGGGUUCCAAAAAUGUUCACUUUGGAUCGGAGAUGAACGACACAGCAGCAGUCAUGUCAAAUGAUGACCAUGUCAUGGAAAUCUCAAAUGAUACCACAGUGGAGAUUUUCAAUGAAGAUAGUGAUAUGGACAUUUCAGAGGAUGGAAAGACGGACACAAAGCAGGAUUUGUUGCAAAAGUCAUCAGAGUUUAUGCCCGAGGAGACCGAGGAGGAACAGAAAGACUGCAUUUCUGCCACACCUUAUGACAAUGAUGAGGAAACACAAAAAAAAUCAGUGCUUCCUGAUGAAGAGAAUUAUCACAAUUUAACUAUAGCAAAUGACGAGGAGGAUUCUGACAAUGACCACAGAAAUAAAGACAGAUCAGAUCAUUCUGACGAUCAUCUCUCGGAUGAUGGACAGAGCAAUAUAGAGGAAGAAGAAGAAACCAAGGAGUCGGAUCGUGAAAAAGAAGAGGAGGAACAUGAUUUCAUGUCUCCCUCGACACCUCCAUCGAAACUUUACGAGAAAAAGUUCAGUGACGAAGAAAGGGACAUCCUGUCUAUUGACUACGACUCGGAUGAGGCGAGUUUCCUUGGUGAUGAAGACGACGUCAGGUCUGUUAUCAGCAAAAGAUCAGUUUCCAAGAGAAGGUCUUUGGUUGCAGUCGAGUCUGAAUUAGAGGCUGUUGAGAAAUCGUCUGUAGCCAUGCCGGCUAUGGACCAGGCCAAUGAAUCGUCGAUUGUCCAUUCCAAAAUACAGUGCAAUGUACCUUCUGCAUUGACUCCAGCGGUGGUUUCCAGAGCAGCCAGCAUCUUCUCAUCAUGGGGAGGAUACUGCCACCACUUCCUGCUUUGUGGCAACUGUAGACGUGGAAAUGCCUGCAGGUUCAAACACACCAUACCCCCUUUAGAGUGGUUCUUUCAGCAAGGCCAGGCCACAAUACUGAAUUCACGAAAGACACAGAACAAAGAAAGAGCAUUUGAAGCUUACCAGCUGCUGAAGACGCUGAACGUUAGGCCAAUCACGCGGGACGUUGUGGAAGUCCUGCUUCAAUUGGCGGUGCAUGUCUGGGACACGGAUGCUGCAUUCCAGCUGUUUGGAGACCUCAAAUCUACAGACCUCAUCAACAACAUGACUUCAUCGAUGUUGGUGCGUCUUUGUAACAGUUCCCCCCAGAAUUAUACCGACCAACUGUGGGCGCUCUUCCAAGUAGUCACGGAGAAAAGUCUGAAGCUUAAUGGUGCUUGUCUGGACACAGUUGUACAGGCAUUCAGUGUGAGGCGAGAAUACACGAAACUGUGGGAGGUGUUACUCUAUUGUAACAGUAUCCCGUACUAUGUGGUGCCCAUGCAGGUGCUACAUGUGCUUCUGUUCACGUGCAUAAAGUCCCCUGAAGAGUACCUGCCUGCCAUCACUAAGUGGGCGGAAACCUGUAACCAUGAUCUGCUUCAUCAACUGGAACAUAAAAUCCUGCUGGAGCUUUAUGAUAUCUCUGUGAAGUACAACAGCAGGGUUCUAAGUUCCCUGUUGGAGCAGCUUACCGCCACCCAGCUGCCAGAAACCCAGGGAGAGCUUCCAGAGACCACAGACAUACUAGGAGAGCAGGACUGGAAUGGGGACAACGUCGACGAGGGUCCAGUCACAAGUUCAGACGAAUACAAAGGACGUCAACACAGAAUACGGGGAUGCAAAUUAACAAAGAAUUGGGAACAUCUUGGAUCUAUCUUUGUGGAGCUGUGCUGCGACCUUGAACUAAGCAACCCCCACUAUAUCCAGGAGUACAUCUACGUUCUAACAGACACCGUGAAACCAGUGUCAAUGGCUCAGAACUUCAAGCUCUUUCUACAGGCCAUACAUAAAGAGCUAGAGACAAAGUUGACAGAUAAUAUGGAUGUUUUGGAUGAGCCGUCCCUGGCGCGUAUUGGUGCAGGCCUGCUAGGUUGGUGUUACCAGGAGGGACUAUGGGAGGAGGGCUAUCACCUGCUGUUUGUGAUGCAUCAGACAAGAGUCUACUACCACAAGUGUACAGGCCAUGGAGCCAUUGGCACAGCCCUUAUCGCCAUGGAGAUCUGUCUCAACACCCUCAGACCAGAGAGUGCUCUGCAGAUCCUACAACGUUCCAAAGGACUGAUUACAACCACAGAGAAUGGAGCAAAUGUCACGAGGAUUUUGGAGAUCUUGUUUGAUAAAUUGUUGGAAAAAUCGUUAACGAAGAUGGCUUUCUCUGUUCUUGUUAUAAUCAUAGAAAAACGAGAACAAGAUCAAACUCAGACAGACUUAUCUGGACAUUUCAACUGCCUCGUGCGGAAAUCGCUGGCUACAGGUGACAUACACACUGCUUUCGGAGUGUACAAAGUCCAAAAGGAGACUGACAGUGGCAAACUGGACAUGCUUGGCUUGCGCGGGCUUCUCACAGCUUGUGGUAAACACAGGUUCGAUAACAAAUAUAUCAAGGAGGUGUACGAGUCCUGUGUCAUGCGUAAGCUCUACCCCCCACAGAUCUUGGACACCCCCCGAUCGGUUGUGCUGUCGUGCAUGAUGACACCCGUAGAAAUGUAUUUGUAUAUCAGUGAUUACCUGAAUGCCCUGUACAACACUCUCUGUGAAUGUGUAAUGGACGGUACACAUCUGACAAUGGAAAACUUCUGUCUGACUGUACGGGUCUGGUGGGAAGAGAACCCGCUGCAGCAGAAAGACUUUCCAUACCUAUCUCUGGCUCCACAGACACAACAGGAGGUGUGGCCCAUGGCGCUGUACGUUCUAAACAAGAACAUCAACCCUCCUCUACAGGCCGAGUACAACCAGAACACUGGCUGUAUCCGUGUCAAUCCUGAAUCCUUGUACAGCUAUCUUCAGGAGAAAGACAGGAACGGGAGAAAGCAGGGCCUACAUAUACAGACUGCUCAGACAGGUGCUGGGGGGCCUGCCAAGAUGAGAGGUAGGGCAUGGGCACGUCCACAAAACUUUUCCAAUCGUGGGCGGGGCCGACCAUACAGGUGAUAAACCUCUAGCCCAGGAAGGGGGCUGUAGUUUAUUUGAUCAAUGCCUGAUGGCGUAAGGCAGCCCUAGGACAGGUGUUGCUUAAUAGACGGUACUUGUUGGACCACAAGUCUGUGAUGGUGUAUCCUUGUCUAAGGUAACAAGGCAAUCAUACUUAACUCUACAUUUCCCUGGGCUAGGCUGUGAGCUGUCACAUACUAACUAUCAAAGAUAGAGGACAGCUACUAUGUGUUACUGGGCCAGGAAUGAAGGAGUUGCACAGCAAGUUGAUACAUAAUGAUAGAGGAUAGCUACUAUGCGUUACUGGGCCAGGAAUGAAGGAGUUGCACAGCAAGGUGAUACACAAUGAUAGAGGAUAGUUACUAUGUGUUACUGGGCCAGGGAUGAAGGAGUUGCACAGCAAGUGGAUACAUAAUGAUAGAGGACAGCUCCUAUGUGUUACUGGGCCAGGAAUGAAGGAGUUGGACAGCAAGGUGAUACACUAUGAUAGAGGAAAGUUACUAUGUGUUACUGGGCCAGGAAUGAAGGAGUUGUACAGCAAGGUGAUACAUAAUGAUAGAGGAUAGCUACUAUGUGUUACUGGGCCAGGAAUGAAGGAGUUGUACAGCAAGUGGAUACAUAAUGAUAGAGGAUAGCUACUAUGUGUCACCUGGGCCAGGAAUGAAGGAGUUGUACAGCAAGUUGAUACAUAAUGAUAGAGGAUAGCUACUAUGUGUUACUGGGCCAGGAAUGAAGGAGUUGUACAGCAAGUGGAUACAUAAUGAUAGAGGAUAGCUACUAUGUGUCACCUGGGCCAGGAAUGAAGGAGUUGUACAGCAAGUUGAUACAUAAUGAUAGAGGAUAGCUACUAUGUGUUACUGGGCCAGGAAUGAAGGAGUUGUACAGCAAGUGGAUACAUAAUGAUAGAGGAUAGCUACUAUGUGUCACCUGGGCCAGGAAUGAAGGAGUUGUACAGCAAGUUGAUACAUAAUGAUAGAGGAUAGCUACUAUGUGUUACUGGGCCAGGAAUGAAGGAGUUGUACAGCAAGUGGAUACAUAAUGAUAGAGGAUAGCUACUAUGUGUCACCUGGGCCAGGAAUGAAGGAGUUGUACAGCAAGUUGAUACAUAAUGAUAGAGGAUAGCUACUAUGUGUUACUGGGCCAGGAAUGAAGGAGUUGUACAGCAAGUGGAUACAUAAUGAUAGAGGAUAGCUACUAUGUGUCACCUGGGCCAGGAAUGAAGGAGUUGUACAGCAAGUUGAUACAUAAUGAUAGAGGAUAGCUACUAUGUGUUACUGGGCCAGGAAUGAAGGAGUUGUACAGCAAGUGGAUACAUAAUGAUAGAGGAUAGCUACUAUGUGUCACCUGGGCCAGGAAUGAAGGAGUUGUACAGCAAGUUGAUACAUAAUGAUAGAGGAUAGCUACUAUGUGUUACUGGGCCAGGAAUGAAGGAGUUGUACAGCAAGUGGAUACAUAAUGAUAGAGGAUAGCUACUAUGUGUCACCUGGGCCAGGAAUGAAGGAGUUGUACAGCAAGGUGAUACAUAAUGAUAGAGGAUAGCUACUAUGUGUUACUGGGCCAGGAAUGAAGGAGUUGUACAGCAAGUGGAUACAUAAUGAUAGAGGAUAGCUACUAUGUGUCACCUGGGCCAGGAAUGAAGGAGUUGCACAGCAAGGUGAUACAUAAUGAUAGAGGAUAGCUACUAUGUGUUACUGGGCCAGGAAUGAAGGAGUUGUACAGCAAGUGGAUACAUAAUGAUAGAGGAUAGCUACUAUGUGUCACCUGGGCCAGGAAUGAAGGAGUUGUACAGCAAGGUGAUACAUAAUGAUAGAGGAUAGCUACUAUGUGUUACUGGGCCAGGAAUGAAGGAGUUGUACAGCAAGUGGAUACAUAAUGAUAGAGGAUAGCUACUAUGUGUCACCUGGGCCAGGAAUGAAGGAGUUGCACAGCAAGUUGAUACAUAAUGAUAGAGGAUAGCUACUAUGUGUUACUGGGCCAGGAAUGAAGGAGUUGCACAGCAAGUGGAUACAACUUAAACUGAGGAUUGGGAUGGCCAGCCAAACUUGUGUUCACAAUCAAUAAUGAAGGAAGGCAGUCAUGUCUGCCAUACGUAUCAAAUUCUUCACUCUGUACUCCAUUAUUAGCCGUCGGAUUCAUGGAGAUUUUUCUGAGCCACAACAGGUGUAUAAGAGCUAUAGGUACCAGAUUGUCAACACUGUUCCAGGAUGUCGGUCCACUGGGAGUGGUGGGGUCACACUGUUCCAAGUUGUCGGUCCACUGGGAGUGGUGGGGUCACACUGUUCCAGAAUGUCGGUCCACUGGGAGUGUUUGGGUCACACUGUUCCAGAAUGUCGGUCCACUGGGAGCGGUGGGGUCACACUGUUCCAGGAUGUCGGUCCACUGGGAGUGGUGGGGUCACAUGAUCUUCUGUUGUGGCUUUUUGUGAUCGACUCGAUUGCAACAGACAUAUGGUUAUUUAACCAUGAGCAAAUCAGAUUCAUUUAACAUACAAAUAAUGCAUUCUAGUCUGUAUAUGUAAAUUUUCAAUUUAAGAUUUCAUAGCAAUACCUUGCCUAUAUAUAGAGAACGUAUCAUUGAAAGCACAAUCCUUAGGACCACUUGCCAUGGUUUGGUGUUUUUUUUCCCUAUUUUUCCCAAAGUUGGCCAAUUGUUGAAUUAAUUUUAAUCCAGGUGUGAAUGUGAUAUGUGUGUGAUGUGGUUAAGAAGAAAGCAGUCUUCAGCUGGACAAAUGCCUGAAAGUGUCGUUAGUAAAAUGGAUUAUUGAUGAAAUUAAGAGAAGUGAUUUCAUAUCGAAUUGCUUGAUGUGGGAGUUUCCAAAUACAUACCUGUAUGAGAAGCUUUGGUUUUUGAGAACACAUGUACUGAUUGGUAAACAUUGAAGACCCAUGUCUGCGGAGCUUCUCUUUCCCGUAAUGUCAACAUAAUUAUAACAUAUGGGUUGUGUUGCAUCGUAUCACCUCUACAUCUUUUAUUUCUUGGAGUUAUGUAACAAAACUGAAAAUAAUACUGAAACAAGCACUUAUUAGAACAUUAAAAAAUUACAUCAAUUUCAUCCUUCGUGUUCAGAACUGUUUACAAGUUGGCAGACACUUAAAAGUGACCGCUAAACAUAUUUUUUCAUCAUGAUUGAAUUUUCAUGUGUGUAUUACGUUGUAUAUCUAUGUUUUCCUUUACGUGUGUCAUGUGUAGUUCUGUAUUAUGUCAUAUACCUGUGGUAUGUUAUCACUUACGUGUGUCAUGUGUAGUUUUGUAUUAUGUCAUAUACCUGUGGUAUGUUAUCACUUACGUGUGUCAUAUGUAGUUCUGUAUUAUGUCAUAUACCUGUGGUAUGUUAUCACUUACGUAUGUCAUAUGUAGUUCUGUAUUAUGUCAUAUAUCUGUGGUAUGUUAUCAUUUACGUGUGUCAUGUGCAGUUCUGUAUUAUGUCAUAUACCUGUGGUAUGUUAUCAUUUACGUAAGUCAUGUGUAGUCCUGUAUUAUGUCAUAUACCUGUGGUAUGUUAUCAUUUACAUAAGUCAUGUGAAGUUCUGUAUUAUGUCAUAUACCUGUGGUAU